AUGACACGACCAAAAACUAAACAAUCACCUCCACCAACCACAUCUUCCAGUCCAGAGGGGUAUUGUCAAUCUUGUGGCCGAUUACUUCCCCGAGAGAACAAGACCGAUCCCACUCCGAGGAAAUACUGUUCUUCAACCUGUCGAUCACAUGGCAAAUCCCCUUACCUCAAAGGUAUACGCACAGCCUUGAUCGAAGGCUAUCAUCGAUCGUUGGAUGAUCGUCCGACCGGUCAAGUGAUACUAUGUUCAGAAGUGGAGAAAAACACAUUUGAUCCCACUUCAAACAAAGACAAGGACGAAAAGGUAGACAACAAUCAAACAUCAUCGCUAUCACCGACGGAACAGAGAGAAGAAUCACGUAGAGCAGCUCGAAGGAUAGUAGCGUUCGGUUUCCCCUCCCAGGGUAUAGCCGAAGAAGGAAGAGAGGUGGAAGCGAUACAGAAUGGGAAAAGUGUAGAAACGAGUUUCGCAAAAGGUGAAUGGGGUAUAAGAUGGAAAUGA